AUGUCUCUUCCGAACAACGCCUCAUCCAGCCUGCCAGAGAUGCGGCGCUGCCAGACCUGCAGACAGGAGCGACUGGCGCCUCAGUUUGUUACGAACGAAGUUACGGGCGAGGCCUCCGUCAACUGCUCUGACUGCCGUGCUGAAUUCGCGAAGCGUCGCGCCGAGCGGGCCGAAAGACGUCAGAAGAGGAAGGAAACACUGAAGAUGGAGAAUUUUUCACAGCUCUAUCAGUCCAUUUCCCAGUUGAAGCAAACGAUGGCCCAGGUACUGCAGUCCAAUGCACAGAUGCAGCAGACCAUUGCACAGAUGCGGCACUCCCUCGCCACGCUCGCCGACAACUUCCAGGAACAUGAGCACCGCUAUCCUUCUGUGCCUCUGGCCCGUUGCCCCCGAUGUGAAAAGGAGCAUUCCAUUUCGAUGUUCAUCUUGAUCAGUGGGCACAUCACUGGCCACUGCCUGGCCUGCCGCCUGGAUUUGGGCGGGGAUUAG